GCCCAUACUUAACCUACAUCUUUUCGGUCUUCAGUCAUUUGCUUGCCUAGUUGCCUGCCUCCUCUUCAAAUCCUCUUCAUCCUCUCCUCUUAUCUCCCAUGUCAGAUCUGGAAAUACAAGGGAGGAGCUUGUAAAAUCUGAUUACCAUCAAAGAGAAGAUGGCGCAAAACAACCAGAAGGACAAUGAGGGAAGUGAAGGUUCGAUGAGAGAGAUAGGUCGAGCUAGUUGGUCUAGAGAAACUUUACACAUAUUCUGUGAUUUGUGUAUUCAAUUUGCCGAAAGGAGUAAGGGUAAAAAAGGUGCUACAGUCUCACAAAGAAUGCCAUGGAAGGUGAUCGAAGUGGAGUUCACUAAAAGAACGAGGUUGGCAUACGACAAGAACAAACUGAAAAACAAAUGGGAUUGGAUGAGAAAUCGAUGGAGUCUUUGGAGAGCACUUAAAGGAAAAAACCGGAUAAGGUUGGGAUCAUGAAAAAGGAACAAUAAGUGCUAGUGACGAAUGGUGGAAGAACAAAAUUGAGGUAUGGAUUUGUGUGCUAUACGCAAUAGAAUAAGAAAGAGGCGUAAAAACAGCGCAUUUUGGGACUCUGUGGCAUGUGCACUAGGUUAUACUUCUAUUUAUUAUGUAAAGUACAUUUACAAAAUACCAUGCAUGACUUCAUUUCAAAAAGUAGAAAAUUGGAUGCAUGAAAUGUUAACUGGUCAUGAAAAAUGUUGUUUUAACAUGUUUAGAAUGACACGAUGCACAUUUCGACAAUUAUGCAUUGAUUUAGAAAGUAAGUAUGGGUUGUUACCUUCGGAGAGAAUGUCAAUUUUAGAAAAAGUGGGGUUAUUUGUUUACAUUCUUAGUAAGGCACAGUCAAACCGAGAUGCUCACGAGAGAUUUCAACACUCCGGUGAAACUGUAAGCAGAAUUUUUAAAGAAGUUUUGGAUGCCAUGGAUGGUUUAUCAAGAGAUAUACUAAGGCCGAGAGAUCCUGAGUUCAAGGAAAUCCCUUCACAAAUUGUAGAUGAUACUCGAUAUAUGCCACAUUUUAAGAGGAUCAAUUGCGAUAUAGAGGAAGGAAAGGAACACCUACACUUUGAUUUGCUUUUUACUUACGUGCUAACCGGUUGGGAGGGAUCGGCUCAUGACUCUCGUAUCUUUCUUGAUACUAUUGGCAAUCCAAGUCUUAACUUUCCAAAACUUCCUCCUGGAAAAUAUUACUUGGUAGAUAAAGGGUAUCCGGAAAGAGAAGGGUAUUUGACUCCCUACCACAAGAAAAGGUAUCAUCAAACCGAAUUUCACGGGGCAAUUCCAAGAGGGCCUCGAGAAAUUUUCAAUCGUGCCCACUCUUCCUUAAGGAGUUGCAUUGAGCGGUCAUUUGGAAUUUUGAAGGCACGAUGGGAAAUAUUAAGAACUAUGCCAAAAUAUUCAUUACAAGACCAAAAUAGAAUUGUUUGUGCUUGUUUUGCAUUGCACAAUUACAUAAGAUUAAGCAAAGUUCCUGACCCGGGAUUCAAGAUCAUAGAUGAAGACCCCACUUUUAUUCCUCCUGAAGUAUCUAUGGAUGUCGAGUGUGGUUCUACACAGGAAGUUCAACGUGUGAGUACUAAUGAAAUGACAAAAGUUCGUGAGGAAAUUACUACUAGUUUAAUGAGAAGUAGACGACGACGACGACGUCGCUCUUCAUAAACAUUAGACCUGAUCAAAUGGCGGGCCGGCCCGGGCUUGAGCGUAAAAAAUCAGCCCGCUAUGUCGGGCCGGGCAGGGCCGGGCCGGGCUAAGAUUCGAGCCAAAAUUUUGUGCCCAAACCCGUUAUUUUCGGGUCGGGCCUACCGGGCUUUUCGAGCCAUUUUCGGGCCGGGCCAAAUUUAUAACUAAAAAGUGUAUUUUUGUGUUUCCCAAACCCGCCCAAAAAAAUAAAAUUUUCGGGUCGGGUCGGGCCGGGCCCGGAAAUCGGGCCGGAAAAUUCUGCCCAAACCCGCAAAAAAUUCGGGCGGGCCGGGCUCAUCUUGAUCAGGUCUAAUGUUAAUGUGUUGCUUGUUCGAAUAAAUGUUUAGUAGUGUUUUUUUUAUAUAAAUUUUACUCCCUCCGUUCCUAAAUGAUGUAUCCAUUUGGAAAAGGGUGGUGUUUUUAAGAAAAUUGGAAUCUUAAUUUGUAUUGGUAUAAGUGUAAUGAUUGAGUGUAAGAAAAAUGAUUGUAUGUAAGAGAUUAUAAUUAAAAAAAAAAAAAAAAAAAAAAAGAAAUAAGGUAAGAGAGGGGAGUGAUAAUGAUGGGUGAUAAAGGAGGUGAGAGAGUGGGUAUAUGGGGAACGGAAAAGAAUUAAAUAAUGGAGUGGAGAAAUUUAGGUGGGGAAUCUUUAGGUAUUUUGGUAUUUUGGAAAUCUUUAGGUAUUUUGGUAAUUAGAUAGAAAGGUAAGGGUAUUUUAGGAUAAAAUGUAUGACCAAAAAUAAAAACGGAUACAACAAAAAGAAACGCUUAAAAUGGAAACGGAUACAUCAUUUAGGAACGGAGGGAGUAUGUUGUUGUACUAGGAUUUUACAUGGACUUCUUUUCAUUGUUAUGCAUUGAUCAAAAUGUUUAAUUUUACGAUGUCAUAUAUGUUGCUACUAAUUGUAUGAGUUGCCAUUUACUUGACAAUUAUUUAGGUGAUUAAGAAAGUGGUGUUAAAUAGCGUUUUAUACCAAAAUAAGAUUUGCUUGAAGUUAUAUGCAUAAAGAUAAAUUGGGAAAAGAAAGACAAACUAUUACUAUGGUGAUUAAUGAUAAAUAGUGUUUAACUAUAAGCCUUGUUAGCCAUGAAACUCUUCAUUUUAUGUUAGUGAAUUUUUGACAAUUUUUAGUGCGUUAUUAUUUUCAAUUCUUACAACAAUUUGUUAAACAAAUAAGUGUUUAGAGCAUAAAAAUUAUUCAUAACCAUAAAAUAUUUAUCCUUAAAAAAAUUGUAUUUGGAAUUAGCAAUUCAUCAUUUACAACUUAACUAUUGAGAAAUAAAAUAAAUAACACAAAUUAAAGAGCAAUGUCCAUAAAUGUCAUUUUACACAAUCAAAUAGCUAACAGCUUUUAGCAACCAGCUAAGUGUUACCAAACACAUUCAUAUAAACAGUUAGUCAAAUCAGCAGUCAAAUCUGCUAAACAAAAAGUUAAUCAGCUAACUGCUAAUGUAAACAGUAAACAACUAACCUCUAACCU